UGUGAUGUGUGCGUUGAUUUUGUCCUGAUUAUAGAAGCAUUGAUUGUUAAGAAAACUGUAGAAAAGCAGGCUUUUAUCAUAGAGACUAUCGCGUUGGCUGUUGGAUGAAAGACGGGUAUUUACAAUCUAUAUUAUUGUUAAAUACUGCCGUAAAUGAUGGACAUCAUGGCCAAUGCUGUUGAUUUUCAGACACAGUUAACAUCCAUAAUGGAAAUGUUGGCGAAGACCGCUAUUGUUGAAAUAGGCAAACUUUUCGAGGAGAAUUCAUUGAUGCUGCGAUUAGAGAUAUCAAGAUGUACAAAUCAAAUUGAAUCUCUGCGACAGAAAUGUCAUUUUCUGGAGAGUGAACUUCAAACAGCCCGGAGAACCGCUGGAAAGAUGAACGGGACAGAUGCUGCAUUGAGCGACGUGUUAACCGACAUUGGACAUCGUCCCGCAAUUGACAAUGUCUUCGGUAAGGAAUGGUGCAUGGAUAUGUGGAGACACGAGGAGUCAAAUGUUGGUCAAAAGGAGGACACACGUGUAGACUCUUCAGUCAUCACAGGAGAGCCAGUAAAUUUGAUGGAUGAAGAACCAGACAUGAUCAUGAUAAAGGAGGAAACAUUUGAGGAUUGCUGUGUGAAAGAUAAAACUGAGGAGGAUCAAAGUAACAGUUUGAGAGAAAUGCUGGUUCAAGUGGAGUAUGAGGGAAACCUGAAAUGGGUCCGAAUCCCAAUUAAAAACGACUGCUAUGACUAUUACCAAUUCAUUAAAGAAGCUUCUACCAAGUUCAGCUUGCCAAAUGGAACUAAUGUGGUCCUGAAAGACUCUGCAGAAGUUGAUGUUGAUUCUGAUAUUUUUGAUGAGUUAGUGAGAUCAUCUAAUGUGUCUUUCAAACUUUGCAGUGGUGAUAAGUCUGCUGAAAGAGACUCGUCAGUUUCAUCAGUGGAAUCAGAAAGUUCAGGCUCCACAGUAAUUCCACAGUCUACAAAGGCACGCAGAAGACAGCUGUUAGAAGAAGCUCCUGACUGUAAUGUGUCAAGAGAUUUGGUUCAUGCAGCUCUGCGCUCAAAACCAGGAGGCUCAGAUAUAUUGAAAGAGUACAACCAAACCAACAGUUUGUCUGACCAAACCCGAAGGAAACUGGUCAACAUCCUCGUGGCGGACAUGGUAGAGAGUCAUGGGAGGCUCCCAUCAGUCAAUAUGCGCAUAACCUAUGCUCUUGGGAUUGUGACUCUUUUCCCCAGUUUGAAGGAUAAGUGCUCACCAACGGGUUACGAACAGUACUAUGAUCCACUCAGUGGCAGGGGCUACCUUGCCUACAGAUUGAAAACAGUUCAGCGCAACUCAGGAAAUAACUUGAAGAGGAAAUCAAAGUCGGUUUACCAAUAUGGGAAAUCAAAGACAAUUUACCAAGAUCAGCAAUCAAAGUUGGUUUACCAAGAUGGUCCCAAGACUCUGCGAGUGACAUCUUCAACAGCUGUGCAGCUAUCAGAUGACGAAUGCAGAGAAGCUAUACUCGUAAUGAAGCAAUCGAAAGACCAAACAAUUGUUAAAGAGAGAAUGAAGGCAACUUUUAAGUACAGACGAAAUAUGAUACAUGAUCCAGACAAGUCUUCACUCAUCCUGGAUUACUUUCCUCGGUUCUUGGAUACGCCAGGCUUGAUUGAUCAAGACUUCACAAUACUCUUUGGAGAGGACAUCUCAGGCAGGUUUACUGCAAAAUGGCCAACAUUCUACAAGCCUAGGAUAAUUACUGACUGCAAAAACCUACGCCCUGGUACACAUGUGGAUGACCUUCUGUCUGCUCAGCAGGACUCUGAUUAUGGAUGGGACAGUGACGUGGCAGCUAUCCUCCUGCUGGUUCAUCUCUUGCCUCCAACUGUCAAAGGAAGGAAGACUGGGAAAAUCAGUGCCUCUGAAGCUACUGACCGUGUGGUCAAGUUCAUGAAGGUGGGAACAAAUAUUGGGACGUUCCUUGACCAAGUUGGAUCAACACAGCCUUUCCUUCUCUGUGUUGGGGAAAAGAGGAGUAGAAUCCAGAAGUUUUACAUUAUCCUGGACCAGAAGGCCAUCCCCUGCAUGACGCAGACAGCUGUUGCAGCCUUUGAUGAACUCUUUAAAACGCACUUUGUGUUUGCUGUAUCCUACGAUGUUGCCUUAUGCAACUUCUACACUUUCAUUCAAACAACCGUGUAUGGAAUAGAUGUGGGCACUGCCAAGGAGAGUCCAAGGGUCAAGGAAAUCAGAGUGAGAAUUCGUAACACUGAGGUUUGAAUAUUUUUUGGCGUCUUGCUGAAAAAUGUUGUCAUUUUACAUUUGCAAGGUGCACCACAGAAGUUGUGUGCUUUACAUGUAUUUUAACAUCUAAAGUUUAAUCAUCAUUUGUACCUAGGGCAUUCAAUGCCUUUGAAAUGUGGUGAACCUGGGUGUUCAUCAGUGUUUUAUAUAUCUUACGGAUUCAAGAAACAUUUAAGAGUGCGUGGAGACUGUGCAGCCUCAGGUGAUGUUGAUAAUUUAAUUAGUGGUGACAUUGUUCCUGUUUCUGUCUCACUGCAAAAUUAGGAUCCUCCCAUCACUUUUCCUGGCUCCUGUUGAAAAUAGGCAGCUACUAGAUAUAUGUAAUUCUCAGAUAAAAACAUCUGGAGUUUCCGAAAGUACUGUUCAAUAUUUAGUUAGUUCAAUGGUGCAACUUGUAAGUGACACUCAAGCAAGAGAUGCAGUUCUUAAGUAUCUUUUGUCAGAGGUACCCAGGGCCGGAUUAACCAUAUGGGAAAUUGGGCAUGUGCCCAGGGGCACCACGUUCAUUUUUGUAAUUGCCUUAGGUCCGUUUUUAUUCCAAUUGUUAUAACGUUUUUCAGUAUCAUUAAUCCGGUUUAAAUUAUUGUCCAGAGGGAAAUUACCAGCCAAUCAAUGACUACCCAUUCAAGAAGGUAACUUCGACGCUGCGUCAGUAGCUGACAAUCAGAACAACACAGUGCAAACUAGUUUCAGUAGUCAAUACCGAUAUCAGUGAAAUUUCAUAAUUCUCGAGACCAGUUUCGAAACCACAGCAAAAAUAUGCUAAUAUGAUAAUGUGCAAUUGAACACAUAAGUUUCGUUAUUUUUAAUCAUUUAAUCAUUAUUUAUAUGUUUUAUAUGUUUUAAAGUUUAAUUUAAUUUAAUCAUCAAAAUGGUUCAAUCUAAUCAAUUAAUUCUUAAAACUUUUAAUAAGUGAAAAUAGAACUUUUUAACAUGUCAUGUUAUUGCAUUUUUUUUUUUUUUUUUUGCCUAACUUUUAUUCAACAGCUGUCUUGCUUGUGAUAAAUCGAUUAUGUAUUGUCAUUAUUAUCAUUAUUACAUUUUACUAUAUAGUUGUAAUAUAUUUUAAUACAAUUUUUAAAUUUCUUCAAUUUCAAGCAUCUAGCUUUUAUUUUGAAUCGUGCUUUUAUUAUGACGUGUGUUUUUUGCCGGAAGCUUCACUUUUCCAGAUAAACAGAUAACAACAUGGCCCAGUGUGAUCAUUGAAGACUUUCAAGUCACGUCUGAAAUCUCAUCUGUUUACACUGUCUUUUGAGUCUGACAAAUGAAAUGUAGGAAACAGUUUUGGAGUGUUUAUAUUUUAGACUACUGGUGUUUGUGUAUGUGGUAAUAUUGAAAUGUUUAAAUUUUAUUACUGUGAAGCACUUUGGUCAACUCUGUUGUUUUAAAUGCAAUAUAAAUAAAGUUGAGUUGAGAUUAAAGCACAUGCUGUGAUUUAAUUAUAGAUAUAUAAUUAAAUUAUAUAUAUAUAUAAAUAAUUAAGUAUAUAGUUUACAUGUGCUGAGUGGUUCACGGUGAAUUAGUGCUCUGCUUUGUUAUCUCAAACAACAUGAAUUAUUCUCAAUGUCUGUGGAGUUUCCAGAGGAUGAGUGGUCAGAUUUAUACAUUCAUUUAAAGUUCGCAGCUCAUCCACGCUAAGAUUGCAGCCUUCAGCAGUUUAAUAAAUCACACUAGGACAUGUCAUGAUUUUAAUUUGAUUAAUUGUCCAUUUCAUUGUAAAAGGAGUAACAGAGCACGUGUUAAGCCUGUGAGCAUUUUAAAGCUGUCGUUUGUCAGUCAUACUGCGCGCUGGUACCGCACAGAGUCGGUGCUUGGUACUACCGGUACUGCAGAAACACUGGUAUCGUUACAUCUUAUUAUUUUAGUACCAACUUGAUACCGAAGUACCGGUACUUUUGACAACACUAGUGCAAACAAACCUCCAACACGGAAGUGUUAUAAGGAUACGAUUUUCUUGCUGGAGAACACAGUGAGAAGGAGUUCCACUCUCUGACCAGAUGCAAAUUAGAACAGCAAAACAUUGGUUUAUGGUUCUAGAGCACGAGAGAUGUCUACGUGACCCUGAUAGAGGGAAAUGUUGAUGGUGUGGUAAUGGGCUCUGCCUUAUAUAGCCGUGAUGAUGCGGGCUUGGGGUUGGCGUGAUGGUAUAGGGUUUCAAGGUCACCGCCUCUGGGAGGAGCUUCCAUUGCGACAGCUACUGACGCAGCAUCGAAGUUACCUUUUUGAAAGAGAACGUUGUGUCUCAUAGGACACAGUUAUUGGCUGACAACAUUUGCAAUUACGGUCUGUUCCUCACACAAAAAUAUCAUAUGUAUUAAAAACAAAAACAUGGAAUAUAUCACAUCAGUCAUAUGGAGUUUUAAAUGAAGGUGAGUAAAUAAUGUCAGAAUGUUUUGUGAGCAGUCCCUGUUCGUAUUUUGUUUACUUCCUUUAUAUCUGACCCUGUUAUAGGAUAUUAUUUUUAACUAUUACAUUAUCAGUAACUACAGUAGCGUUAAGGGCUGCACACAGUGCGAUCUUCUGAAAAUUGUUUAUAAAAUUGCUUGAUAUUCUGUGGUGUUGUGUGCAGCCUGCAUUACUCCAUGUGUCAAUGUCAGGUCAGGAGUUAUUGAGUAUAAUUUGUGUUGUAUAUGUGUGUGCUUGGGCUGCAAUUAGUGUUCAUGCCCAGGGGCACUAAGGAGUCUUAAUCCAGCCCUAGAGGUACCUGGAGAAACCUCAGACAAAGUUAAAAACUGUUUUCAGCUGCUUGAAAAUCUCUACUUACUCCCCAUUACUGAAACUGAGGCAGAAACACCAACCAAAAAUGGAAAAUUGUUGAACCACAAAGAUUAAACUACUGUUAUAUACAGCCAAAUUCCUGUCAAUGACAAAUGUAUGUGCCCAUUCUUGAGUCCAUGUUUACCAACUCUGAACUUUGAUUAAUCAAGAUGGCUUUUAAAAAGACAUUAAUGAUGGUUCAUACUUCAGAAAUCAUACAUUGUUUGCACACCAAGAACAUGCUUUUCAGAUUCAGGUAUAUUUUGACAAUUUUGACACUGCUAAUCCGCUAGAAUCCAAAAAAGUUUACUUUAAGAAAUUUGCUUAAAUUAAAAUUCACCUUGUGGCCCUUUUCUAUUCAGAGGACUUUAAAAAAUUUGGUUUUGAUCCAAUCCUGCAGCCUCUUGUUGUAGAAUCUAAAAAAUUUGAAGACAACGGGAAUCCAUGUACCCUUUUCAGAUGCUGCAUCAAAGAGUUCUAUUAUUCAGGUUACUGCUUACAAUUUAGCUAGACAUGGCCUUUUUGGUAUGGUUGAGCUGAUUUUGCUUGAUUGACAAAUCGAGGUUGCAGUCAGUCUUCACUGAGGAUGGCCCAGACUUGAAGGAGCUCUAUUUAGAGAAUUGCAAUGCUCUGGCACAAGAUCCCACUUUAGUUUCAGUAUUUCGUGUUGAGAACUUGUCCGCUCAGUUCAUUACAGUUUUUCCAUUCAGACAAUUAUGCCGUUGAUAUUAUGCAUGAUUUACUUUAAGGGGUUGUACAGUAUGAGUUAAAGCUUCUUUUUCAGUAUUUGUUUACAAACUACAUUUCUUUAGACACCCUUUUAGAAAGGAUUCAGAGCUUUAAAUAUGGAUAUAGUGAAAGAAAGAACAGGCUUAGUGGAGUCAAAGUCAAUAAAGGUAGCGAGGACCUUGGCCUCAAUUCAAGAACGGUUUCUCCAUUGCAAUACUCCCUUGAUUUUUUUUAUAUGUAGUUGACAGCAACAACGGUUUUUGGAAUGUGAUACUGCUUUGAACAUUGGAUUUUCACCAAUUAUAACACAUGAUAUGACUUUUUUUUAAACCAUUUAAUUUAGGAUCAUCACAACUUUUUAGGUCCGUGUUUCCAUCUGAAGCAUCAACUGAUGAUUCAUUAUACUAGGUGUAUUAUGAAAAGAGGUCCUCCUCAAGAUGUCUGUAAAGAAGUUUAAAAAACAUAACCAAAGAACUGGUAAAGAAAUAUCAAAAUCAGUUGGCUUUUCAUGGCUUUUCAUAACAGGAUCAGUUUAGUCCUGUUAACGAAGUCUCAACUUGCAGUCUGAAGGGCAGUGAUGUUUGAACCGAAACUUUGAAUGUGUCCACUGUCUCCUCUACAUCCUGGGUAAAAAAGUUAUGGAACUGAAUACCAAUUUGGAAUGUAUGUUCGCUCUACUGUUAAAAAUAAAAUGCCUGUUUUGAAUAAUAUAAUCAAUAUUAUUGCAAAGGAUGAGCAAGCAUUCCUUUUGACUAGUAAGUUUAUUACAAUGUGUUUAGAUUAGUAUGUGAAUGCAUUUUGUAUUGAGGAGGUGGAUGAUGUAUUUGAUGUAGAUUUGACCUAAUGACAGACAGUUUUCACACUGAACCAACAUUGUGCCUUAUUGUAGUUUUGUUUCAGAGUGCAAUUAACUGUAAGUCUGAAAAGCUGUAAUGUGCAAGUUAAUUGUUUGAAAUGUUGAGUGUUAUUGUUAAAUGUGGUGUACCUAAAUAAAAAUGUUUUCAAUGGAACUUUAUCUGAAAUUUGGUAGGGAGCAACUCGAGAGUUGUAUUAACACCCAAUAGUGCUAUUAUUAUUCAGUAUUUCAACACUCGACAUUGUUGUAUUCACAGUACACUGGUGUUGGUGUUAAAAACAAACAAACGUGUUACUAUUUUACACUGUUCUUUAACACUAACACCAGUGUAGUGUGAAAACAACCAUGUUAAGGAUUGAAUAUGGUUAACUUUUAACAAUAUAGAGUGUUGAAUCUGUUACAAAUUUAACACUGCAGUGUUGACACAUAUAGACACUUCUGGUGUUAAAUAUGUGUGGGUGUUAAUUUAAGACUGGGGAUUUUGUUGUGUAUCAAGAAUGGACUUUUGCACUAGUAAAAAAAUAAUCGUAUAUAGCUGAAAUGUGUUUUUGGAAUUUCAACUAGUACUAAAUUAAUUAUAGA